AUGGAGUUAGUUACAGUAGAUAAAACGGCCGAGAUCGUUAACGAGUACCGCAAGUACAAUGCGUCGUCGGCGCGUGAUGACGUUGAGUCAGGACGGGACUCUUCAUCUGGUGACGAAUCAAAUAGCGACGGCGAUGUUGGGGCAUACGCUAACAAGGGCGUGUCCUCCCCUCCAAAACCAAAGGAGAGGCGCGUGAGGCGCUUAGAUGACAUCGGUCCCAAAGCCGGCCAGAAAGAGGACAAGCGUGACAACCGAAAGGGGCGUAAGCGCCGUCAACAAAAGAGAGGCACUACUUCCCAUGCUGCGUCUGAAGGCGACGAGGAGGUCGAGGACGGCGGACCCGUCAAAGAAGCUCCGUCAGCAGGCAGGCGUGCAGGACAACGCGGUAGAUGUUAUGACCGUAGCGGGAGGGCUGCGGAGUAUCAUGGCAGUCCAUCUGGCCGCCUAGGAAUGUCUGCGCGUGGCGACGAGCAGGAACAUGGUGAGCUUGAAGGGCGUGGUGGUGGAAAGCGCAACAACGUGAAGGCGGCGGCGGCAAAGGGCAGUCCCUCGGGGAGGCUCUCGCAGGAGGUGGCUGGUGGCGACGAGCAGGAACAUGGCGAGCUUGAAGGGCGUGGUGGUGGAAAGCGCAACAACGAGAAGGCAGCGGCGGCGGCCAAGGGCAGUCCCUCGGGGAGGCUCUCGGAGGACGUGGCUGGUGGCAACGAGCAGGAACAUGGCGAGCUUGAAGGGCGUAGUGGUGGAAAGCGAAACAAUGCGAAGGCGGCGGCGGCAAAGGCCAGUCCCUCGGGGAGGCUCUCGCAGGAGGUGGCUGGUGGCGACGAGCAGGAACAUGGCGAGCUUGAAGGGCGUGGUGGUGGAAAGCGCAACAACGAGAAGGCAGCGGCGGCGGCCAAGGGCAGUCCCUCGGGGAGGCUCUCGCUGGAUGUGGCUGGUGGCGACGAGCAGGCGCUGCCCAGGCCCGUUAUAGAAGGGCUAGCAGAGCAGCGAGGUGGUGGCGGUAUCGAUCAGGAUGAGGACAAGCCUGCAGUAGUGACUGCUGGGAAAGAACAUGGACGUGAAGCUGUGAUUCCGUACAAACGACGCAAUGCUGUGAACUCGGCCGGUCGCGACCGAAAUGCGAGACAAGCUCGACAAGGGACGAAACAGUAUGUUUCGAGCUCGUCGGGUUCGGAGGAGGGAUCCAGUGACAGUGAGUCAGGCAGCUCAUCCGGGAGUGAGGAAGUAUACGAGGACAAGGAGGAGGAGGAAGAGGAAGAGGAGGAUGAGGAGUUGGAGCCGGAGAGCGAGGAUGCGGAGGAGGCUCGGCCUUUGAAGAGGAGGGGUGUGCGGAAGACCAAGAAGGGCAAUGGAAAGCGAAAACCGGAGACAGGACGGGUGAAGAGCUAUAAGCAGAGUGUGCGUCGUGCCAAACCACAUGGCAAGCGCCAGAGACCUCGAUUCGAAGCUAAAAUUGUGGGUGUGCGUAGCAAGGAGAAGCGGGAGUUGGAUUUUUACGAGUCCAUGGGGCAACGAUGUCCAUCAAGCCCUCAUGAUUGGAAAGCCACCGACACGUAUGCUGCGUUACGCGAGCAGAUGGAUUCGUCUGGGAAGGGAGAUCCGAUCGCUUGGGGGUCAGCGCGGUUUGGCAGGGAAGCGACGGACCCGCAUGCAAAGCUUUCGGGGGGGCACGCGGUUCAGGUGAAAAUCGAGGGAGCAACGAAGCGGCACGAACCCUCGGCCGCCGCAGCAGCCAAUGACGGUGUGGGAGGAGGUGUGUGGGCGAAUUCCUUGGGUGAAUGUGGCGGCGGUGUGGAAGGCUCCAUGUGGGAUGUACGGGAUAGCAGGGGAGAAGGACGAGACUUGAAAAUGGAUCCGGCGACUAAGGAGGGGAGGGGCGAGAGCAUGGGCACACCUGGCGCAUCCAGUCGGCCCAAUGUGGCUGGCGGCAAGACGGUGGAGCAGCUCAUUUGGGAGCUUGCCCAGCGGGAUCGCGAAAUUGCGGCACUCAAGGCAAGGCCAGGAGCCAAAGGACCUGUCAAACCCUGCACCCCUCCGUCUAGGCCUCCUCGUAUUGCGUCUCUGUCGAGCGGCCCAUCUGCAGUGGGCCUCGAUCCAGGCGUGGCGCCAGAAAGCCCAUCGACGGUAGACGUACCGGUCCGUCGAACGCGUGGGAUGCCCAAGCCCAAGCUGCUGAAGAGCCCCUCUAAACAGUGCUGCUGGUCUGGUGUGGGUGGCAUGCGGCGCAGAGAUAGCAGCAGCACUCUCUGUCAUCCCCACGUGCCCAAUCCCUUCUUUCCGCUUGCUCCUCCCCCCCCCUCUCUAUCCCACCCCUCUCCCUCCUCUUCCAGAGCCCCUCUAAACGGUGCUGCUGGUCUGGUGUGGGUGGCAUGCGGCGCAGAGAUAGCAGCAGCACUCUCUGUCAUCCCCACGUGCCCAAUCCCUUCUUUCCGCUUGCUCCCCCCCCCCUCUCUAUCCCACCCCUCUCCCUCCUCUUCCAGAGCCCCUCUAAACGGUGCUGCUGGUCUGGUGUGGGUGGCAUGCGGCGCAGAGAUAGCAGCAGCACUCUCUGUCAUCCCCACAGCCCCUCUAAACGGUGCUGCUGGUCUGGUGUGGGUGGCAUGUGGCGCAGAGAUAGCAGCAGCACUCUCUGUCAUCCCCAUAGCCCCUCUAAACGGUGCUGCUGGUCUGGUGUGGGUGGCAUGCGGCGCAGAGAUAGCAGCAGCACUCUCUGACAUACCCACAGCCCCUCUAAACGGUGCUGCUGGUCUGGUGUGGGUGGCAUGCGGCGCAGAGAUAGCAGCAGCACUCUCUGUCAUCCCCACAGCCCCUCUAAACGGUGCUGCUGGUCUGGUGUGGGUGGCAUGCGGCGCAAAGAUUGCAGCAGCACUCUCUGUCAUCUCCACAGCCCCUCUAAACGGUGCUGCUGGUCUGGUGUGGGUGGCAUGCGGCGCAGAGAUUGCAGCAGCACUCUCUGUCAUCCCCACGUGCCCAAUCCCUUCUUUCCGCUUGCUCCUCCCCCCCCUCUCUAUCCCACCCCUCUCCCUCCUCUUCCAGAGCCCCUCUAAACAAGCCCCUCUAAACGGUGCUUCUGGUCGCGUGUGUGGCAUGCGGCGCAAGCGUGUAGCGGGCCGGGCUGCAGCGGGGGUUGUGACUCUUAAGCCCCUGUUCAUGCCAUCCGUUGGUUCUUCUCCCACACUCCCCUUCUCCCGCCCCCCGUUUAACUCCCGCCCUCCUCUUCUCUCCCGCCACCCCCUUCUCUCCCGCCCUCCCUUCCUCUACCGCCCUCCCCUUCUCUCCCGCCCUCCCCUUCUCUCCCGCCCUCCCCCUAUCUCCCGCCCACCCCUACUCUCCCGCCCUCUCGCCAUUCAUUCCCCCCCGCCCUCGAUGAGGGAAACAGCGGGUCAGCUCGUGGGGAAACAACAGAGACGGGCUCCCGUUUGCCAACGGCCGAUUGACCAGGGCCUAUCAAAGGUUAAGAGGACUGACUGGAACGUCUCCAACUCCCACCGGAAGAACAGUGAAUGGAUGGGGGGUUUGCACCGUAAUGUGCGGUGGAUUAUCAAGGACCACUUCACACGCCACACCCCCGUGUACAACACAUACGUGAAGGGCUUCAAGUGGGGCGACCGUGGGCUGUAUGUUCACGAGUCAGGAUUUGAGGCCUUCCGGGGGAAGGCUGAGCUUGAUGCCGAAACGAAGGACCUGAAGGAGGAAGAAAAGGAGGUGUACGACUCGGAGGACAUGGAGGAGGAUAAGGAGGAGGAGGAUGAGGAGGAGGAGGAGGAGGAGGAGGAGGAUGACGAGGAGGAGGACGAGGAGGAGGAGGAGGAGGAGGAGGAGGACGAGGAACAGGGGGAUGCAGAUGAGGCAUGCGUGGAGUUUAAAAAAGGGGACAGCAGGAGAGGCAUCACAUACGUGCGAGGAGAGGCAUUGGUGGAGACAACAAGGGGGGCAUCAGGGAAGGCACGUGUGGAUAGAGAAAGGGGGACAGCAUUACGGAGGGGAGUGGUGCAAGGGCCGCAGCAGUAUAGGCAUGACCGGAUAGGACAAAGCAAGCAGCAGUAA